CCGAACCACGAGCAGGAGCUGCCCGGCGGGAGGAGAACCAGAGUCGGCGCCGAGACCCAGCCCGGCCCUGAGGAGAAUGUCCCAGAAAUCCUGGAUAGAAAAUACUUUCACCAAGAGGGAGUGUGUGUAUAUUAUACCGAGUUCAAAAGACCCCCACAGAUGCCUUCCAGGAUGUCAGAUUUGUCAGCAACUUGUCAGGUGCUGCUGUGGCCGCCUGGUCAGACAACACGCUUGUUUCACUGCCAGCCUGGCUAUGAAAUACUCCGAUGUGAAGCUGGGUGAAAACUGCAACCAGGACACAGAAGAAUGGUCCGUGGAAAAACACACAGAACAGACCUCUACUGAUGCUUAUGGUGUCAUCAACUUUCAAGGUGGCUCUCAUUCUUACAGGGCUAAGUAUGUGCGAUUGUCAUAUGACACUAAGCCUGAAGCUAUUCUGCAACUUAUGCUCAAAGAAUGGCAGAUGGAGUUGCCAAAGCUUGUUAUAUCUGUCCAUGGGGGCAUGCAGAAAUUUGAACUUCACCCACGCAUCAAACAGUUGCUUGGCAAAGGUCUUAUCAAAGCUGCAGUGACCACAGGGGCCUGGAUUAUAACUGGAGGAGUGAAUACAGGUGUUGCAAAACAUGUUGGUGAUGCUCUAAGAGAACACGCUUCCAGAUCAUCUCGAAAGAUUUGCACUAUUGGGAUUGCUCCGUGGGGAGUGAUUGAAAACAGAAACGACCUUGUUGGAAGAGAUGUGGUUGCUCCAUAUCAGACCUUGUUAAAUCCAUUAAGUAAACUAAACGUCCUAAAUAACCUCCAUUCCCAUUUCAUUCUGGUGGAUGAUGGAACAGUUGGAAAGUAUGGAGCAGAAGUUAAACUGCGAAGAGAACUGGAAAAAACUAUUAAUUUGCAACGGAUCCAUGCAAGAAUUGGCCAAGGCGUGCCUGUGGUGGCCCUCGUGUUUGAAGGUGGUCCCAAUGUCAUCCUGACAGUUCUAGACUUCCUUCAGGAGAGCCCUCCAGUGCCUGUGGUGGUGUGUGAGGGAACUGGCAGAGCUGCAGACAUCCUGGCCUAUGUCCACAAGCAGACAGAGGAGGGGGGGAAUGUUCCUGAGGGUGCUGAGCCUGAAAUCAUUUCAACCAUCAAAAAGACAUUUAACUUUGGUCAAAGUGAAGCAGUUCAUUUGUUUCAGACACUGCUGGAAUGCAUGAAAAAAAAAGAACUUAUUACAGUAUUUCAUAUUGGGUCAGAUGAGCAUCAGGACAUUGAUGUUGCAAUACUUACAGCAUUGUUAAAAGGCACGAAUGCAUCUGCAUUUGACCAGCUUGUUCUUACACUUGCGUGGGACAGAGUUGACAUAGCCAAAAAUCACGUUUUUGUUUAUGGGCAACAAUGGCUGGUUGGUUCCCUGGAACAGGCUAUGCUGGAUGCCCUUGUGAUGGACAGAGUUGCAUUUGUGAAGCUUCUGAUUGAAAAUGGAGUAAGCAUGCACAAAUUUCUUACAAUUCCCAGGCUGGAAGAACUUUAUAACACAAAACAAGGCCCAACCAACCCAACACUAUUUCAUCUUGUUCGGGACGUCAAGCAGGGAAAUCUUCCUCCAGGAUAUAAAAUCAACCUGAUUGAUGUGGGACUGGUUAUUGAGUAUCUGAUGGGAGGAACCUACAGAUGCACGUACACAAGGAAGCGCUUUAGAGCAAUAUACAACAGCCUCAGCGGGAACAACCGGAGAUCUGGGCGAAAUCCUUCAAGUACCACUCCUCAGAUGUGUAAAAGCCAUGAGACUUUUGGUAACAGGGCAGACAAGAAGGAAAAAAUGCGCCACAAUCAUUUCAUCAAAACAGCGCAGCCGUACAAACCAAAGAUUGACACUGGUGCAGAAGAGGGAAAAAAGAAAAGAACCAAAGAUGAAAUAGUUGACAUAGAUGAUCCUGAAACGAGACGUUUUGCUUAUCCUCUGAACGAGCUGUUGCUGUGGGCAGUGCUGAUGAAGAGGCAGAAGAUGGCUCUUUUCUUCUGGCAGCACGGCGAGGAGUCCAUGGCCAAAGCCUUGGUGGCCUGCAAAGUCUAUCGGUCCAUGGCAUACGAGGCAAAACAAAGUGACCUUGUUGAUGAUACUUCUGAAGAACUGAAACAGUAUUCCAACGAGUUUGGUCAGCUGGCAGUUGAGCUGUUAGAGCAGUCCUUCCGACAAGAUGAAACUAUGGCCAUGAAAUUACUGACGUACGAACUUAAGAACUGGAGCAACUCCACCUGCCUGAAGCUGGCCGUGUCCUCGAGGCUCCGUCCGUUUGUAGCACACACUUGCACACAGAUGUUGCUGUCGGAUAUGUGGAUGGGGAGGCUGAACAUGAGGAAGAAUUCGUGGUACAAAGUGAUACUGAGUAUUCUACUCCCUCCUGCUAUACUGCUGUUGGAGUAUAAGACCAAGGCUGAAAUGUCACAUAUUCCUCAGUCUCAAGAUGCACAUCAAAUGGCAAUGGAUGACAGUGAGAACAACUUCCAGACUGCAGCGGAUGAAAUACCUAUGGAGGUUUUUAAAGAAGUGAGGAUCUUGGACAGUACUUAUGAAAAGCAUGACAUGGAGACUCCAGCAAAACCUAAAAGACUCCCAAUUACACAGAAGUUUUAUGCAUUUUAUCAUGCUCCAAUUGUGAAGUUUUGGUUUAACACGUUGGCAUACUUAGGAUUCCUCAUGCUCUACACAUUUGUGGUUCUUGUAAAAAUGGAAGAAUUACCAUCUGUUCAGGAGUGGAUUGUUAUUGCUUACAUUUUCACAUCAGCAAUUGAGAAAAUUCGUGAGAUUUUUAUGUCAGAGGCUGGGAAGAUUAAUCAGAAGAUCAAAGUGUGGUUCAGUGAUUACUUCAAUAUCAGUGACACAGUUGCCAUUGUCACUUUCUUCAUUGGGUUUGCUUUAAGAUUUGGAGCCAAGGGGAAUUUUGGAGAAAACACUUACAGAGAAAAUUACAUCUUUGUUGCUGGAAGAAUAACAUACUGUCUCAAUAUCAUUUUUUGGUAUGUGCGAUUACUGGAUUUUCUAGCUGUAAAUCAACAGGCUGGCCCUUAUGUUAUGAUGAUUGGGAAAAUGGUGGCCAACAUGUUUUACAUUGUGGUGAUUAUGGCACUUGUACUACUUAGUUUUGGUGUUCCCAGGAAGGCAAUACUCUAUCCUGAUGAGGCACCCUCUUGGACUCUUGCUAGAGAUAUUGUGUUUCAUCCAUACUGGAUGAUUUUUGGUGAAGUCUAUGCCUAUGAAAUUGAUGUGUGUGCAAAUAAUUCUGAUGAAAAAGUUGCUCAUCUCUGUGGCCCAGGAACAUGGUUGACCCCGUUUCUUCAAGCUGUCUACCUCUUUGUACAGUACAUAAUCAUGGUUAAUCUCCUGAUUGCAUUUUUCAACAACGUGUAUUUACAAGUCAAGGCAAUUUCAAACAUCGUGUGGAAGUAUCAGCGCUAUCAUUUCAUUAUGGCCUACCAUGAAAAACCUGUUCUGCCUCCACCACUGAUCAUUCUCAGCCACAUGGCUUCCCUCUUCUGCUGUAUAUGUAAAAGAAGAAAGACAGACAAGGCUUCAGAUGGGCCAAAACUCUUCCUGACAGAAGAAGAUCAGAAGAAACUUCAUGAUUUUGAAGAGCUGUGUGUUGAGAUGUAUUUUAAUGAAAAGGAUGAUAAAUUUCAUUCUGGAAGUGAGGAGAGGAUUCGAGUCACAUUUGAACGGGUGGAGCAAAUGUGCAUUCAGAUAAAGGAAGUUGGUGAUCGUGUCAACUACAUUAAAAGGUCAUUACAGUCUUUAGAUUCACAGAUUGGCCACCUCCAGGAUCUGUCUGCUCUAACUGUGGAUACUCUGAAAACACUGACUGCCCAGAAAGCUUCAGAAGCCAGCAAGGUUCAUAAUGAAAUCACCCGGGAAUUGAGCAUUUCAAAACAUUUGGCACAAAAUCUCAUUGAGGAUGGCUCUCUCAGAUCAUCGGUGUGGAAGAAGCACAGCAUUGGAAACGUCUUUGGUUCUUUUCCACAAGGAGGCCUUGAGAGUAACAAUGCUUUACUCUGUAACAUUUCCAUCCGUGAUGACAAAGAAGUCCAGCAUAAGACAAUUGGUCAGGAGUUGGCUCUGGCUCCCCGAAGAGAAGAAAAAAACUUCCAAGAGGCAGGUUCCUCAGGCAGUGCCUUAUUUUCAAAUGCUGUUUCCCCUCCGGAACUUCGCCAACGAAUACAGGCUGCAGAGAUCUCAAAAUCCACUAGUAAAAGUAAAAAAUUAGGCAACUCAUCCAACAGCAUGCCACAUGUAACAUCCCCAACUACAAAGUUUUUUGUUAGCACUCCAUCUCGACCCAGUUGCAAAAGUCAGCUGGAUUCUUCAGCAAAGCACGAAGAGACUGUUUUCUCUAAGGCUACAGAAGGAGAUAAUAAUGUAGAAUUUGGUGCAUUUGUGGGUCACAGAGACAGCAUGGACCUACAGCGGUUCAAAGAGGCAGCCAGCAAAAUGAGGGAAAGAAACAACCAGACUUCAAGUAAUGAUCUACAACAAUCCAGUUCUUGUGGUGGGUUCACUGACCCUCUGACAGCCCACUCAGAGCAGCUGUACAGCAAGAGCAGGAGAGCAUCCAGUGAAGACACACAGCAAGUUGACUCCAAAGCAGCCUUACUGACGGAUUGGCUACAAGGCAGACCUUCAAAUAGCAGUCAAAUGCCAUCAGAAGAAGAUGCAUUGAAUGGCAUUGCUUCUCCUUUCAAGCCUAUCAUGGAUAUCAAUUACUAUUACUCAGCUGUAGAAAGAAAUAACCUGAUGAGAUUAUCACAGAGCAUUCCAUUCACUCCUGUGCCUCCAAGAGGUGAACCAGUCACUGUGUAUCGCCUUGAAGAGAGUUCUCCCAGCAUCCUGAACAACAGCAUGUCCUCCUGGUCACAGCUGGGGCUCUGUGCUAAAAUUGAAUUUUUAAGUAAAGAGGAGAUGGGAGGAGGUUUACGUCGAGCUCUCAAAGUUGUGUGCACGUGGUCAGAAUAUGAUAUCCUGAAAUCAGGACAUCUUUACAUCAUCAAGUCUUUUCUUCCUGAAGUUGUGAAUACUUGGUCAAGCAUUUAUAAGGAGGACACUGUGUUGCACUUGUGCUUGAGGGAAAUUCAGCAGCAGAGAGCAGCACAGAAGCUCACCUUUGCAUUCAACCAGAUGAAGCCCAAAUCCAUCCCAUACUCUCCAAGGUUCUUGGAAGUUUUCCUGUUAUAUUGCCACUCUGCUGGCCAGUGGUUUGCAGUUGAAGAGUGCAUGACUGGAGAGUUUAGAAAAUACAAUAACAAUAAUGGGGAUGAAAUAAUCCCAACUAACAUGCUGGAGGAGGUUAUGCUGGCCUUCAGCCACUGGACAUAUGAGUAUACAAGAGGAGAACUGUUGGUAUUAGAUCUGCAAGGUGUUGGUGAAAAUUUGACAGAUCCCUCUGUGAUAAAAGCUGGGGAAAAAAGGUCAUACGAUAUGGUGUUCGGGCCAGCCAAUCUGGGAGAGGAUGCAAUAAAAAACUUCAGAGCAAAGCACCACUGUAAUUCCUGCUGCAGGAAACUGAAACUUCCUGAUCUGAAGAGGAAUGACUACACACCUGACAAGAUGAUAUUUCCUCAGGACGAUGCCCCUGAAUUGACAAUUCAGCCUGGAAGCUGCACCAAAGAUUCUGAUCCGGCCAAUUCCAUCCGUCUGAUGCUCUGAUGAUGUGAUCAACUCAGUGGCUUCGCUCAAGCUUUGUGGAACCUCACCAAGUUGUCACUUACCUUUCCCUCACUAUAAUGAAAAGAAAGACUUGUCAAAACAAGGAUUACUGUCUUAUAAGUGGAAUUUUGGCUGGUCCAUAAUCUGAGGAUUUUACCUUGUGAUAACCGUCUACAGAGCAGCGUGGCAGCUGAUCCUUCUAAAGGUGGAAUAAUGACAAGUAUUUAAGAUGUGUUUUUAAAGGGGCUUUUAAAGCAGAAAGUUUUAUUUUUUAUUUUAUUUUGGUUUAGUGGAGGAUUUUCUUCCUGUAGUCCUGUGGUGGGAAAUAUGCCUUCCACCAAAAGGAUUUUGGUAGUUGAUGUUUUAAGGUAAAGCAUUUGUCUUUUUGGCAUUUGUCUUACUGUCAAUGAGCAAAACCAGGAGAAAGCACCUACCUCUGUAAUGCCAGAGUAUUCUUAGAGUGUUUUCAGAAGUGUUCCACUAAUAUUUUCUCACCAGGUGUCUUUUAAUCUGGCCUUUGGAAGAGGACAGAGCCAAAUGAGGUGUAUAUAGGAUGCCAAUAGACUGAAGUUGAAGGUAGGAACUUGAUCUGUUCCAAAAGAGAGAGAGAGUCUCUUGAAUCAGGAUUCUUUCAGCUUCAUGACUGUAAAACUGAGCUUGGUUGCUUUUGUUUUGUGAAAUAGAGCCUGAAUUGUGCAUAAUGAAAUUUCUUGUUUUACACAUUUCAAUUUUAUCAAGUCACUGUCAAAUAGUAACAAAGCCAUGAUAGACUGGUAUAAUCAUAUUUAAUAGAAGAAUUAGUUUGUGCUGGUCCAAAUAAGUUGCCUUGUAAGAACACAAGUUGGAAGUGCUUUCCCUUGUACCUACGUAGUGACUGCUUCAGAAGUUCUGCCUUCCAAAGAUCUCCUAAAACCAGUGUAUCGAAACCGAAUGUACACAUAACUUGUAAAUGUAUUUAAAAUUGUGUAGAAAACAUCUUUAAUGUUAUGUUAUUUGUGGUACUUACUUAAGAGAGACUAGGGUUGGAUUAGCAUUGUGUAAAGUACGGGAGAUUGCAAUGCACCUUCAUGCCAAUAAAAUGUAAUUUAACUGUCCCAAAUAUUGUUGAGCAUUCAGCAAGAAAAGAACCUGUUGUCCAACUGAAGUUUCAUGCUGCGAUUUUUUUUGUUUUGUUACAUAGGUACUAAUUUGUAAUUUUUAAUUAAAAGGGCAGUAUAUAGCUCUAUAAAUUUUUUAUUCAGUAGUGUAUCUUAUAGAUACAGACCUAAGGCACGAACACAAUAGUUGUUUAAAUGGUGUUUUAUGUUUGAUGGGGAAAGGUAAAAUGUUAUAAGGAUAUAAUACUGUAUACAUUUUGUAUAUCAUUAAAUCUUUAAAGAAUCUAAAAUAAAUUUAUUCUUGUUUACAGA